AUGUCUUCUCACGACGACAACCCACCCCGCUCACGCAGGGACCGGCCAAGAUAUGAUACUGAUGGCGGUCUCAAAUAUCCCGACGACGCUGACGAUAAAGCUGCCCCUCGUCGACCUCGGUACGAGACGUCCCCUCCACCUAUCGAGCCCCGCGACGCCAAAGAUGACAGGGCAGGCAAGUCUAAUACUGCUGCACCCAGAAGAAGGAGGAGUCUCGAUGAUGAUGACGACGACUACCCACCUCGUCAUGCGUCGCACGGUCACGGCAAUGGAGAAGCGUACGGUCGCUCCAAGGGCUACCGCCAACCCAUUCCCCCAGCAGAAGAGGUAGACGAUGCAAAAGGCCGGUCCUCCAGGCGCAGAGGCUACGAUGAUGACUUCGACGCCCCUCCACCACGCCGUGCCAACACGCAAAGAGAGCCGGAUCGUCACAGGCGAGACGAUCCAUAUGACCGUGAACCACCUCGUCGACGAGCCAGCCCCGGAGACAAGUACUAUUCUGACCGCGACAAGGGCUACAGGUCCCACGAUGACCGAGACCGGCGCAGAAGGGACGACGAUCGCUAUGACGAUCGCAGACACCGCGGAGGUGGUGGAGGUUACGCCUCCGAUCGAGACUACGGACGUUCUGACCGUGACAGACGGGAUCGAGACAGAGACCGUGACCUCCGUGACCGUGAUAGGGAUCGUUAUGGCGACAGGGACAGGGACCGAGAUCGGGAUCGAGACCGCCGCCGCCACGACUCGGACCGAGACCGAGAUCGCCACCGCGGUGGGGACAGAGAUCGAGAUCGGGAUCGUGACCGCUAUGACAGCCGCGACAGAGACAGGAGGGAUAAAAAGAAAGGAUUUUCUCUCGAUAAUGUCAACGACAUUGUCGAAUUGGGACAGAAGCACUACAAGACGGUCGCCCCGAUCAUCAGCAGUCUCAGCAAGAUGUAUUUCGACAAGAAAUGA